AUAAUUAACCACCCUGCACCGACCUGUUACCGGACCAACGAUCGAGCUGGAAAACCACGCAGCUCAAACCGUCUAACCAUGGUAGCUUAGUAUAAAUUAAGCAGCUAACCCCUCGCCAUGUGGUAUAUAGUCGUGUGCGGGAGACAAGGGGUGAAUAUAAAUUUCUGCCCAAAUCUUGGAUACUUUCUACAGGGCUCACCAGCUCAAUUGUCCAUGAUCUUGUCCUACUAAUCAGCACCCACACGAGCUCCCUGAUUACCAGCUCCAUUUUGCAAACAGCUUUCACCUCUCGGGCUACCAAGGCAUCAAGAAACCAGAUCCAACCAGAGUUCUGCUAGCCAGGCAUUCGAGAUGCAUGGCUACUCCAACCUCGGCUCCUCCUCGCCUCCGGUGGCGGUGGUGGCGGCGACCAAUGGCCCCCGAGCCAGGCGAUCGCUGGAGCUGACCAACACCAAGGAGACCAAUGCGUGGGAAGGGCUGGCCCUGGGCGCGGUGACCCUGGCGAGGACCUUCUCCACCGGGUCCCAGAGGCUCUGCAGGUCCGGUGAGAAAGCCAGGGGCCUACCGGGCGCGAUGAGGCGGGCCUUCUCCAUGAGGAGGCACCCGGCGGCUCCCGGCAAGGGGGACGGCUACUACUGGAGGAUCCACGACAUGGACGGGGACAGCGACCACGGCGACGUCGUCGGCAAUGCCGUGGUCGAGGAGCGCGACGAGGAGGAGGAGAAGGGAGAGAAGAAGAAGGCGCAGCGUGAAGAAGGUGGUGACAAAGAGGAGGCUAAGGGGAGGACGACAAAGAAGAAGCGAGGUAACAACGUUAUCAGGGCGUGCAAGAAGCUUCUCCGGUUGUGAUGGCACCUUCCCGAUCGAUCGAUCGAUCAAGCUGCUUCUACAGUUCUACUGUAAUGCAAGUAGUAUGAAAGCUGCUUCUAUACUUCUUCUUCGUCUCGUGGUUAUUGCGGUGUUCAUGUUGCAUCAGUUUGGCUGAAUUUGAUUGACGAGGAGCAA